GUAUUCUUUUUCCAUUUGCUAUCAAACAUCAGCUGAUAGAGAGCUAGAAGCUGCCCUCUGCAUUUAAGAUAAUGGCCAAAAUAACAGGCGUUCAGUGUUACCAUACUAGGGGUGUGGCUAUUCUCUCCCGUUCUUUCCUCUCUCUCUCAUGAUAAACUCAAUGGGGUUGUCUAUUUUUAACCUCCUGUUCUUUCCUUUUGGCAGAGUAAUCAGUGCGAGGGGAGCUCUUGCCCUGAAUGAAUCCAAGUAACCCCGGUGGUUGCCUUCUGAAAUGACCAGCAGACACACAACUGUACGGAGGCUACCCAAAGCGUAAACUCUGGUUCUAAUGUACCAUGUCCAGCCAAGGAAGCCCUGGUGAGGAGUCUUCUACGACAACAGUCAGUUCAGUAGCUGUGCAGGCUGGGGACUCCAAAAUCGUUAUAGCCAUCAUAAAGUGUGGCAAGUGGGUACAACUUCAAUUGGCUGAAUCACAGCCCAAUCUUCUGGAAAUUGGAAGCAAUCAAGAUGAAACCAAAAAACUUCUUCAUGAUCAUGAACUUCUUUUGGCCAAGCUUAAGGCUUUGGAAGACCGAGUAUGGGAACUCCUGCAGGAAGCAGACAAGACGGCUCAAGAGAACAAGGAUCAGAGCCAGGUCUAUGAUGCCAUGGCCAAAACUCUGGGUGAAGCGUGGGCAGCCCUGGUCUCCAUGCUUGAGAGAAGGAGGGAGCUUCUCAGGUUGACCUCUGAAUUUUUUGAAAAUGCCUUGGAGUUUGCCAUUAAAAUAGACCAAACGGAAGAUUUCCUCCAGAACACUCAGGAGUUUGAGAGUGCCGAGUCCUUGAAAUCACUCCUUCAGCUUCAUGAACAUCAUACCAAAGAACUCUUAGAACGAUCUCUAGCCCUUUUAAACAAAAGUCAACAACUCACUGACUUCAUAGAAAAAAUCAAGUGUGAUGGACCUAUUGUGAAUCCCGAGAUGAUUCAGGGAGCUCAAAACAGCUGCCUGAAGAUUGACAGUCUUCUUGAACUUCUCCAAGACAGGAGACGGCAAUUAGACAAGUACCUGAAGCAACAGCAGCAGGAAUUGAGUCAGGUGCUGCAGAUAUGUCAGUGGGACCAACAAGAAAGUCAGGUUACUUGUUGGUUUCAGAAAACCAUAAGAGAUUUACAGGAACAAAGUCUAGGUUCAUCACUUUCAGACAAUGAGGAACUAAUUCGUAAGCAUGAGGAACUGAUAAUAAAAGCAAAGGAAUGGAAUUCCGCAGUGGAGAAGCUGAAGAGUGAGGCACUGGGGAUUCUGCUCUCCAAGGAGUAUGUGGAGAAAGAACACCUACAGCUGUCUAACCAGAAACUGAAUUGGCUUCAAGAGGAAUUUGGUCGGCUCAUGGUGGAAAGGAAAACCUGGUUAAAAAAGGCAAAUGAUUUUUUUAACAGCGCGAACAAGGCAUUUGAUGUACUUGGAAGAGUUGAAGCUUACCUUAAGCUCCUUAAAUCAGAGGGUUUAAGUCUGCCUGUCUUGGCAGCGAGGCAUGAGGAAUUACACAGAGAAAUUAAAGACUGCACAGCUGAUGCUUUGCAGGAGGGACAAGCCUUAAUCAACCAACUAGCCUCCUGCAGCUCUCGGGUGACCGGUGUCCGUGAGAUGAUGGAAUGCAUCAAGAGGCGAGUUGAUCAUCUGACUGAACAGUGUUCAGCGCACAGGGAAUUUGCUCUUAAUAGACAGCAAUUAACAGCCUCAGUGGAGGGCUAUUUAAGAAAGGUGGAAAUGUCCAUUCAGAAAAUCAGCCCAGUAAUUUCUAAUGCAAUGGAUGUCGGUUCCAGCCUUUCUGAAUCAGAGAAGAUUUUGAGUACAUAUCUGGAACUAGAUAAACAAGCUAAGGAGACAUCACAUGAAUCAGAAGCAGCUGCAAAACUCUUGACAGAGAAAAAUGAUUUUGAACCUGAUGAAGUGGCAUCGCUUUCUUCUAAAGCUAAGUGGCUAGAGGAAGAAUUAAACAUACUUGGCCAAAGCCUCAGCUCCAGGUCACGAGUCCUGCAAACUUAUGUGGCAUUUCUAAAGUCAUCAGAGGAGGUAGAGGAGCAAUGUCAGGGCCUAAGGGAGUUUUACCAAACUGAUAUCCUGCGAAAGGAAGAGGGUGUUGCUGAAGCUGAGCGUCUCUCAGACUCAGUGGAGAAGCAGUGGCAGCUGUUUUUAAAGAGGAGCUUUUUAACUCAAGACCUCGGGCUCAAGUUCCUUAAUUUAAUAAAUAUGGCAAAAGCAAAUGAAAUAUUAAAUGUGAAAAAUGAAGUACACAUUAUGGAGAACACUAUGGAAAGCCAGAAAGCAGAAAGGGAAGAACUCAGCCACCUUCGGAUAGCCUGGCAACUUAAAGCCGCUGCAAGCAAGCCCGUGAAACAGCAGUGGGGAGCGUUCAAAGAGCAACUUAGAAAGACUACUCACAACUUAAAACUUCUUCAGGAAGCACUUAUGCCUGUGUCUGCACUUGACCUUGGAGGGAGUCUCCAGACCAUUUUAGGUCUACAGAAAAAAUGGAAUGAAAUGAAACCUCAGUUCCAGCAACUGAAUGAUGAGGCUCAAUACAUUAUAAAAGAGUCAGAAGAGUUAAGUGGCAAAGGAGCCCCUGUGAAAGAGAAGUCUCAACAGCUGAAGGACCUAAUUCACCUCCAUCAAAACCAGAAAGAGAGAAUCCAAGAUUACGAGGAGAUCCUGUAUAAGAUUGUCCAGUUCCACCAAGUCAGAGAAGAGCUGGGACGACUCUUCAGAUCAAGAGAACUGGAGUUUCUACAACAGCCAAAGGAAAUGGUUGAUGCUCACGAUGCCCAGGUUCUCCUCAGUCGCUCUCGGGAAAAGCAGGCACACAUAGACCAUCUCCAUAAACUGGCUCUUUCCUUGGGGGUGGACAUCAUCUCGUCAGUUCAGCGGCCUAACUGCUCUAAUGUUUCUGCAAAGCACCUGCAGCAGCAGCUGGACAUCCUUGAGGGGGACAGUCUGAACUGGCGUGCCCAGGCUGAAGACCACGAGCGGGCCCUGACCCGCAGCCUGGAGUUCUGUACCGCAAGGGAUGAGAUGAGUGAGCUCAAAGAGUCAUUCAAAGACAUCAAAAAGAAAUUCAACAAUUUGAAGUUUAACUACACUAAGAAAAAUGAAAAAGCUCGAAAUCUAAAAGCUCUGAAAUAUCAAAUUCAACAAGUAGAUAUGUAUGCUGAAAAAUUACAGGCUUUGAAAAGGAAAAUGGGAAAAGUUGAGAAUAAGACUUUUUUCUUAAAUUAUCCAAAUAAUAAAGUGAAUGUCCUUUUGGAAGCCAUGAGGGAUUUGCAGAAAUAUGUGGAUGAGUUUGACAAAGUUGUGACAGAUUACAGGAAGAAUUUGGACCUGACUGAGCAUCUCCAGGAGUUGAUAGAAGAGUGUCACUUUUGGUAUGAAGAUGCAAGUGCCACAGUUGUAAGAGUUAGAAAAUAUUCCACAGAGUGCAAGACCAAGGAAGCUGUGGAGAUUCUCCUUCAGCAGUUCAAAAAGUUUAUCACACCCUCAGUGCCUCAGCAAGAAGAAAGGAUUCAGGAAAUCAGUGACCUGGCUCAGCACUUAUAUGGUUUUGAAGAAGGGCAGAAAUAUGCUGAGAAAAUAGUGGCCAAACACAAAGAGGUUCUUGAAUCUGUUACUGAAUUAUGUAGCUCUCUCACAGAGCUUGAAGAAAAAAAGGGAAAUGUUUUAAAGAUGAAUCUGAAUUUGGAAGGCUUCCACGAUGAUUGCAUUGACCUACUAAAAGAACCAGGGAGAAAUAAGCGGACAAUAUUCAAUAAAGGAAGGAAUAAGGAGCAGGCCAAGCCAGCGGACGACUUGGCGGUCAAUAGAGCAGGAGAGGGUCAGCUUCCACGGGAAGUGAAGCAGCUGGUCCCCAGCCCAGAGGGUGCUGUCCAAGGCCUGCUCCUGCCCGUGGAUGUGCUUUCAGGAGAAGAAUAUGACUGUGUCUCGCCCGAUGACGUCUCCCUGCCUCCGCUCCCGGGAAGCCCCAAUUCCCUCCUUGCUCCGUCUGACAUGGAGCUGGAGGCGCGUGCCCUCCCGUCUCUCCGCCGGCACCUAAGCAGCCACGGGAUGCAGACAGGGACCAGCGGUCCAGGGGAGGCCCCGGAAUCUGGCCUUCCGCCACCUGCUGCUUUUGCUGAUGCUUGCGAUGAUAAGAGAGAAACAUUUUCGAGUCAUUUUGAGAAGCCUUCCCCCCAGUUCCAAGCUGAGCCCCCGUUAACAUCCCGAAGAUUUCCGGAAGAGAGUACUGACUUCCACAGAAUCAGUGUUAAACCUCCAGAGAGCAUGUGCGGUGAAGUGCAUGCGCGAGCUUUGCAACAGCACCCCCAGGCUCAGGGAAGUUUGCUAGAAACACCGGAGAAAACGCAUGCUGAUAAUAACGUCACUAAAACCCGACAUAGGCUGCAUGCUCCCCAGGAUGCAUGCUCGGGCCUCGGGUUUCAGCCAGGCCCCAGCCAGGCCUGUCAGAGGCAAAUGGUUCCCAGAGAAGAGAUUAAAGUUACCUCAGCAAAGAACAGCGUGGUCAGCCUAGCUGGCCAGGCCCCUAAUUUCUCCAGGCUCUUGUCUAAUGUAACUGUCAUGGAAGGUUCUCCAGUGACUUUGGAAGUUGAAGUAACAGGAUUUCCAGAGCCUACACUGACAUGGUACAAGAAGGGCCAGAAAUUGUCUGCAGAUGGGCACUUGCAGGUUUUACACAAGGAGACAAGACAUUCGGUGUUCAUUCCGAAGGUAUGCGAGGCAGAUGCAGGCCUCUAUGUGGCUCGGGCCCAAAACUCUAGUGGCAUUCUCUCUUCCAAUAUCAUCCUCCACGUGACAGGUGACCGCAGGCCGCCCAUCACCAGAAUAAACUGGAUCCUGCUGAGUGUCAUCUAUGUUAGCGUGUCCCUAAUGUACUGGCUACUCACACAGUAACUGCGCGGUUGGCACCAAUGGGCGUCAUUCUUAUGAGCCUAAAGGACAACAAUACUGCUGUUUAUUUUCCUGCAUCUCCCACCAAGCAUCCCCAACCAAGUAUCCCCCACCCAGUGUACCUCCAUUCUGGCCGUAUUGCUUUUUUGGAAUACCACUGCUUGGUGAAAUAAUCCAAUUUUCUUUAGUGCUUUAAUGUAUUUGAAGAGCUCAGUAAAUCAUUAGCAGCGAAUAAGGAUACAUUUUGUAUUCUCAAAAGAGAUGUGUUCAGUACAAAACACAGUCAAAUUAUACUAUGUUUAUUCCCUCCUAAUUUAAGAGCAUUCAGAUCAAGUCUCACAUCAGCAUGCAGAUGUGUUUUAUUUCAAAUCCAACUGUUUGAUAAUCUAUUUUUAAUUGUACGCAUAAACAUCUCUUUGUAGAAUAAGAGUAGAAAUGUUGAACUAAAAUUGUAAUUUUCAUUAUUGCAUAAGAUGUCCUUUAAUUUUGCUUUUCAUGUCUUGAUCUCAUUUAUUGAAAUACAUUCUAUAUAGUUUCAACAUAGCCUACAUUCCUGAGUCUGAGGAUGGCACUGCAAAUAAUCAUUCCUCCUGUUCAUCUCAUGGGUUUGACAUUGGAGAAUAGAUGUGCUGUUAGCCUUAAAUGGAGUUUGAAACCUCCAUCAGCUGUGUGUGUCACAGAGCAAGAUAGAGCAUAGCCGCAGAGGUGGACCAACAGUAUUCCUGUCCUUCCGUUGACAUGUUUUGGGCAGCCAUGUGUAUACAGCUGCAACCGGCUUCUCCUGCUUCUAAUCUUGAUUCUGUUGCUGACCAUUUUUACAGCCUGUGGGAAGGCAUAGUAGUGCCUCAGUUUCCCAUUUGGCAAAUGGAUUCAUCAUCUACCUCUUGGGCAACUGAAGGUUUUCAUUUCAUGUCUUGUAAAGAUCUGGAAAAUGGAAAGUACUCUAUGAAGACUAAGGGUAAUUGUAUUGCUUACUGUAAUUUGUCAUCACACUGCCUUCUGCCCACUGUUUUCUUUCAGAUAUUGUUUCUUUUGAAUAUUAACUUAAAGGAUGGUGUUAGUAUGUGAUUUCCAACUAUUUCCAUAUAGGAAAAUGAUGUUUUCUGAAUUGGAGCUUAAAUUCCUUUCUAAUUUCUUAAGACUAUAUCUUUUUCAAAGACUUGAAAUUAAACUCAGGGGGAUACAUUUAGUAAGAUCUUGGGAGAGAAAAAGUAUAUAAUAGGAUGACAAGAUAACUUCUAUCCUUUUCUUAUAAUUACCACUGUAAUAUUGAAGAAUGUUCUAUGCCUUUCUGAAAUAUAUUAUUCAGAAAAGAGGAUCAUCAUUUUAGUGCCUUUAAAAAAUAAACAUGUGUAAGAGAGGCAUUUGUUUUUAGAUUUUAAAUGUAGUCUUGUCAUGUUAGGGUAAAAUCUUUAGUUGAAAGAAUAUUCAUUAUAGAUUUCUGAUGAAGGGGAGGCAUUAAUUAUGUUGCUGUAAAGCCUGUCUACAAAUAAUAAAAAUAUUUAAAUUUAAUAUAUUCAAGUUGGUAUUAAAAAGUUACUGGAUAUUAACCAAAGAUGUGAAAUGUGUGGCUAAGUAAAAAGUUGGCAUAUAUUUUCUUGUGCUGUGUAUUCAAUUUAAUGAAAAAAUUUAAUCUCUUAAUUUUCUUAAAAAUUUUGACAGAAACCUAUUAAAAGCUUAUAUAUACAGCAUCCUAGGGAAUUCAUAGUCUCUUAAUUCUCCUGUCCUUUUCGUCCAGUUUCAAGUAUUGUGCAUAUCUUGCCAAAUUGCUAUUCCCAUUUGAAGCUAAAGAGUAAAACCUACUUAUGUCCAAAGAGGGCCAGCAGGACCAGGUAACAAAUUCUUGUCUCACUCUAUCUCUUUCUUGUUAAUUUAGUGGGAUCUCCCAUCCCUUUUUGUCAGCUUGGUUGAGUUUCUUUUAACAGGAGAAAAUCAAACAGAAGUUUAAUAGCAUGUGUACAUCAGAGAGACCCAGGAAAACUGAGUAACUCCAGCUUGGCUGAAUUUUUGGUUUGGGGUUGUUAGGGCCUGGGAAUUACUGGUUUGCUUUACCUGUUGCAUGCCAGUACAUGUUAAUCCUUUGGGGAGCAGGAUGGGAUAUACAUAUAUCCAUGGUGAUGACCAAAGAAGGCAUAUAAAGUCCCUGAUAUAUUUGAAUUCUAUAUCAAGCUUAAGGUUUAUACAUAUAUCUGAGAUAUAUAACUUAUGUAUAUACCUUAUAUAUAUCAUAUAUUUGUAUACAUAUACACCGAGAGCUCAAAUGUUGGGAUAAAACAUUAUGCUGAUAUUCAUGUUAUAGUUCGGAUAGCUGUGUAUCUGUCUGUCUGUUUAUCUAUCCAUCAUCUAUCCAUCCAUCCACCCAUACAUUUACCUACCCACCCACUUACCUACCUACAUAUUCUUCUGGGCUAUUGACUAUCUAGUAAUCCCCACAGCAGUGAAGAAUAAUUAGCUAUUCAGUUAUUCUUUUGGUUAUACUUUAAUUUCAGUGUGAUUAUCCUUUCUGUUAACAUUUUUGUCUUGAUCAAAAAUUCCCCCUAUGAAAGUAUGAACCAAAAGUAUUGGUUAAAAAUGAAAAACUUAGGAAAUGGACAUGGUGUUUCUAUUUUGAGAUAUAUACAUGAUUUAUACCUGUUUACUUCUAGAGUAAAUUCUGGACAGUUAGCAAUAUCAAAACACUUUUCAACAAGAAAAUGAAAAGAAAUUUUAAAGAAUAUAUACUCGAUACCUUGAAGGAAUGCAACACAAAAUGUGUUUUGAGCUUCCUAUAAGGCAAAAUUAUUUUUUCCAGUUUUUAUUUUCUGAUAAAAGGAUGUAUAAACAUUUGAUGGUAAAGUUUUUUUACAUUCAAUUCCAGGAGAAACUUACCAUAGGAAUCCUUACAUUUGAAUCUUUGCAUAUUCUAUAAUAUCUAAAGUAUUUGGAAAAAGAAGCAGGAAAAUUUAGCUGUUUCAUUCAAUAAUGCUAACCAUCACUUAUAGUUAAGACACAGGCUUAAAGUAAAUUAUUGCAAGAACCUCCUAACCACUUCACCCUUAAAUUUCUUCAAGUAGCACACAAGGUCCUUUAGUACCUAUGCUUCCAUUCCCAGCCUCUGUUCCAUCCCUUCCAAUCCCCCCAUAAAGCGAUACUUAACUUCAGGUUUUACCCUGUCAUGAUCUUACUUCUCUCCAGCCCUCCUUCCCAGAACUCCCUUACUCUAUUCUACCCAACUUCAUGUGGCUUAACUCCUGCUUAUCCUUCCAGGUCCUUUGGAGACACAACCUUCCCAGGAAGCCUUCUGACCCAUCAAGUCCAGUGUAGAUGUUCCUGCUAUGUGCCCUGUCAGCACCUGAGCUGACCAUGUCACGUCCCUUAAUAGUUGCACUGGAAUUGCACAUGUGAGCAUCUGUCUCCUGGCUAGAGCAAGAGAUCCUUAUCAGCAGAAUCUGUGACAGCCCCGUUCGUCAUCAUACUCCCAGCACUUAAGACAUAGUCACACACUCAAUAUUUCUUGAAUUGUUGUCAGAGACGACUGUACUGGUUGAAGUGUCAGGGUGAGCCCUAAAUCCACAACUGGUGUUCUUGUAAGAAGGCCAUGACAGACCUGGAGACACAGAAGAGACACAUGGGAAAAGGCCAAGUGAUGACAGAAGCAGGUUGGUGUAAUGCAGCUGCUGCAAGCCGUACAACACCAGAGGUGGCCACCACCAGAAGGGAGAGGAGCAACGAAGCAUUCUUCCCUAGAGACUUCAGAGAAAGCCUGGUCCUACUGAUGCCUUCAUUUUGGACUUCUAGUCUUUAGAACUGAGAAAGAAGAAAUUUCUGUUGUUUUAAGCCAUCCAGUUUGUGGUAUAGUCCUCCUUCAGUAUCCCUGGGGGAUUGGUUCCAGGAUACCUCCUCCCCCCACAGAUACCAAAAUCCACCAGUGCUCAAAUCCCUUACAUAAAAUAGCAUGGUGCAGUGGGACCCUCCUUUAUCCACAGGUUCUGCAUCAGCAGCUACUGAAGACCGACUGUUCUUUGUUACAGCAGCCUGAGGAAACCAAUGCAAAAUGUUUUAGAAAAAUCCAUACACGUCUUUCUCUGGAAAAAAAAUUCCCAGAGACAUUCACUAAUAGGCAGCAACCAGUGCUGCCAAUAAGCACUCCCAGGUUGUGCUGCAAGGCCUCAGUUCUCUUCUUGGUUUAGGGGAUCAUCUUGGUAUAUUUCAGUCAAUCAGCAACUAUUUAUCUUCUACAUGAACAUUGUCCCCUAAGUAUACCACAGUGUACUAAAACCAGAUAAAGAUAUUAAAAUACAACUAUAGGCCAAUAUCACUCAUGAAUGUAGACACAAAAAUUCUCAACACAGUACUAACAAAUCCAAUCCAACAGUGAAUAAAUAAACGUACACAUACAAGUGGAAUUUUUUCCAGGUAUGCAAGCUGGUCCAAUAUUCAAAAAUCAAUCAAUCCACCACAUCUACAGGCAAGAGAAGAAAAAUCAUAUGAUUAUAUCAAUUGCUUCAGGAAUGACAUUUGAGAAAAUUCAAUAUGUGUUCAUGAUAAUUUUUUUAAAACUCACAGAAAACUAGUAACAGAAGAAAUUUCCUCAACUUGAUAAAGAGCAUCUACAAAAAAACUAUAACUAACAUCAUACUUAAUGGUGAGAGACUGGACACUUUCACCCCAAGACUGGGAAGAAGGUAAGAAUGUCCUCUCUCAUCACUCUCAGCCCACAUUGUACUGGAAGUCCUACCUAGUGAAUAAGACAAGAAAAGGAAACAAAAGUUCUGUAGAUUGGAAAAGAAGAAAUAAAAUGCUUUUGUUUACAGAAAGCAUGAUUUUCUAUCUAUAAAAUCUCAAAGAAUCUUCCAAAAACUCUUAGAACUAAUAAAUAAAUAUAGCAAGUUCACCAAAAGCAGAAGGCCUGCACCAAUGGUAUCCAGGAGAAAGGCAGGGAGUUAGCAAUAAAAGAAUCAUGGUGAAUCAGGCAUCUUUUGAGGCCAAGGCAAAAGGUGGGCAACCUGAAUUUGUCUCUUUCCAACAAUUGAUUACAGACAUCAUGGAUACUUGUAAUCUAGUUGCAACAUCUCACACUUUAUUUUUCUUGCAGCUUCCUGCAUUAUUUUGGGGGGUUUUGAGAGAGGUAAAUUAUUAGAAGGAGACAGUGCUCAACAGAGCAAGGGAAUAUUUGAUGUGGAACAUAAACUUUAUCGUUUGCUGCCAUUGUCAUUAUCACUGAAAGAGAAAAAUUAGAAAGACAUUGUAAUUACAAUGUUGUAAAGCUGAGCUUUCCCCAACAAUAACAUAUUAAUGUUAGAACAAAAGGAGUCCUUUUAGCCUCUGACAUCAAAUCCCAGAGUGGAUGAUUUAUCAGUUGGUACUGUGCUGCACUACAAGAAUGAAUGUAUCUCCCGUGGAUAAGUGCUUUUCCUAUCAGCAAGGAUGGACUCACGCUGCUAGUAUAUUUCUAAGGUUUCUUGAUAGAAAUCAGAGCUAAAAUAUGUCAGCCAUUAUAUUAUACUUUCAAAAGUAAUCAGUUUCAUAAAGUCAUAUAUUGGUCUAUUAAUUAAUUAAAAGAUGGAAAACAAAUGACUACUUUGGUACCUACAUCUAACAGGAAACUUCAAUGAAACUAAUCAUUUUGUAUUUUCUAGAUGGUAACUGUAAGUACUUUCUUCAUUUCCAUGUUCUUGAAGGUAAUUUUUGGUCAUAUAUAUCAUUUGUCUAAAACGUAAUUGGUGUUAUACAUUACCACUUAAAAGAAAACUAACUGACAUACCACAAAGGCCAAGUAUUAAACUUACAUUUUAUCAAAUGCUUUAUAAAUUUAAUCAUAUAAACAAUGAAGCCCUGUUACGACUCCAUCCAGGACUUAUAAAUGGAUAUGCAAGCAAAGCAGUCAUAGUUUUAGUUCAAAUCUAUGGCAGCAUAUUAUAUAAUUGCACAAAUAUUGAUUUACUAUUACAAUUAAAAAUGGAUCAUGAACCAUGAAGAAUGACUCAGGCUUAACAGAAUGUACAUGUGGGAGUCAUGACCACAGUCUAAGGUUAUGGGGCUGGUUUUCUUGACAGUUGAAUCCCAUUCUUCUGUGCUCUGACUCUAUCCCAUCAUAGGUAAAAAUUCAGUAAGUUAAGGGAUGGCACCAUCUCACAAAGAACCUCAGAAUUAGGAAAAUCUAUACGGUUUCUUUAAAUGUGAGAAAUUGUUGGUAGCAGUUAUGCAGCACAGUGUGUCACAUGUCAUUAAUGUCAUUGUGAAUUAAUAAAAACCUUUUCAAGAG